CCCGCAGGUGCCCCCCUGGGCAGCAUGGUGCUGGUGUUCGGGUGCCGCUCCUCCGCGCUGGACCACAUCUACCGGCAGGAGAUGCAGGAGGCACAGGAGCAGAGGGCCCUCAGCCAGGUCCUCACCGCCUUCUCCCGCGAGCCGGGGACCCCCAAGACCUACGUGCAGGACAUGCUGCGGACACAGCUGGCGGUGGAGGUGCACCGGGUGCUGUGCCAGAGCGCUGGGCACAUGUACGUCUGCGGGGACGUGACGAUGGCCACUGAGGUGCUGCAGACAGUGCAGCACAUCCUGGUGCAGCAGGCCGGCAUGACGCUGGGGCAGGCGGGGGACUUCAUCAGCGAGCUGCGGGACAAGAACCGCUACCAUGAAGACAUCUUCGGCCUCACCUUCCGCACGCAGGAGGUGGCCUUCCGCAUCCGCAGCCAGUCCUUCUCCAUGCAGGAGCGACGGCAGCCGGGCCCGGCCCCCUGAGCGCGCUGGGGCAGGAGGGGCCCCCAUGGCUGCACCCCAGCCCCGCUGCAGGCAGCGCCGCCUUCCCAGUAAAGGUUUAGU